AUGCCCUGGCGGCCUCUCUCUCGAAUCGCUUUUGCUGUUGCUAUAUACCCGUUUCAACCCUCGACCCCAGCCGAUUUACCUUUGGAGCUUGGCGAUGAGCUAUACAUAAUAGAACAAGGGGGUGCCAAUGGAGAAUGGUGCCGCGGCUAUCUCGUGGCUCCGCCAUCAUUGUUGGCGGGCUUAACGAGCACAAAAGGACAGACCCUGGAAGCGAGGGUCUUCUCUGGCAUUUUCCCCCGCAACUGUGUCGAGAUUCGCGAGGUCCUUGGCGAUGCAGACGGGCAGCGAACUUUGACAAAUGGAGACAGGAGGAGUAUCGAACCAGGGGACGGCCCGGACGGCGAUGUGAGGAGUAGUGUGGUCUCUUUGCAUGAUGACGAGUUUAUGACUGGGGAAGUAUCAAACGUUGUGAUUGCUAAAAAAGGGAAACCCUCUCAAAUCUUCAUUCACAAGCUAGACGAUGAUCAACAGAUCCCACGCUCGCCAUAUAGCACUACGUUGAAGUCGCCGUCCCUGCCUCACACUCCUAUCACAAUGACACCCCGAGACCCGCACGGCCCCAAACCGGCUGCACCUGUACCUAUGCUCAAGAUCGGUGACGAGACUCCAACCUCCCUGUCGGAACCUCUAGUGGACGAAAUUGCCUCGUGUUUACGCGAAUGGCAUUCGACGAACCUUCAUCAACUCUUACUUAACCGGCAAUAUGACGUUAUCGAGGAGAUGUCGGCUAUUGUUCAAGAACUGGAUCUUGCCAGGAGACAGCUUCUCUACAAUGUGCUCACCGCACAGGAGAAGGAAGGGUUGCGACAAGAGGUCGUGUGGAAACUGGUGCGGGCAAAUAAAAUGUUAAGCGGAGACGUCAUCGUUAGGGAUCCUGAACAACGGGGCCGCCUAUUGACCGGCGAAGAUUCCGCCAUCCAAUUGACAAAGCUUCAGUCUGAGAUGAGCAUGCUAGAAAGCAGUCCCACAAAUCCAUCCGACGUUGCAACGAUCCAUCACCUACUCUUAGAAGUCAAUGCAGUUUCGGGCAACUCUCCUGGUCCUGUUACGCUUGCUGUGAACUUGUGUUCUCAGUCGGAGACCGGUGGCCUCAACCCUCUGUCCGAAACAUACAUCUUAGACAUCCCAUCCCCGGAGAAAUUUGCAAGUAUGGGACAGAGCAGUAAACUCAAGACUCUUUUCACCGAAUUGUGUGCCACAGAUAUCGGCGAUGGAUCUGCGAACGGGCCCAAGCUAUACUUGGUCGUCGCAGUUCGAGCACCUGAAAUUGCCUCGACAAGCCUCCCGUCUCAACCAAGAUCUUCAGUUUCUAGGGAGGGAUCCUCCGCUUCCAGAACAUCAACGGGGGGCAAUCAACAAGGCAAGAGCAGUUUAAAGACCCGCCGCAGCAUGAUGUGGACCUCGAAACCACGCGGCAUUCCAAGCGCCGAGCAAGGUAAAGAGAUUACCAAAGGCUCGCCCGAAUCGGCAGAGAGCACGUCCAGCAAAAACCAAGAACAAGCCAAUAGCCAGCCGACGAAGGAAACCACUCAGAUCCGCACAAUAGGCGUGGGUGUCUUAGAGAUCUCACAGAUAGUUGGCCAAGACAAGGAUACUGAACAAGUAAUAAACAUCUGGUCUUCGUCAGAAGAAAAUGAGAAUGGGGAUGGGCAUGCGGAUGGCUUCGAUGAAGUAAUUCGCACAUUGCUUCCAAGCCCAAGCGGGAAGUAUGUGAGAUCUCCACGGGCCGCUCGGCUUCAUCUACACCUAUACCCCUUUGUGGGCACUGAUUCAGAUGUCUUGGUUCGGAAAAAUCCUACAAUCAUGCAUAACGUCGUCCAAACUAGGAGAAUUGGUUUUUCCCAGGCUCCGACAAAACCUAGAUCAGAUAUCUAUGUAACAAUAUCCCAUGCUACGUUUCCUCCUGAGGCCUUACUUUCGCAUCCUCAAGCAGGCCAAGUUCCCGUGCCGACAAAUUCAGAGCUCCGCAAUCUACAGUUGACCCUUGAGGUACGUGCCUCGUCAGGAGCUCGGAUAGAACGAUGUGUUUUCCCCUCGUCCAACAAUACGGCGCACACAGCUUGGCGCACCACGAUAGCUGCACGAGGUGUGCCUUGGAACCAGACCAUUCGCCUCAAUAUUCCUACGGACCAAAUUCCUGGGUCCCAUCUGAUCAUGAGCAUCGCAAACGCGCCUGAGUUUCCAUUUGCUCUUGCUUGGAUGCCGCUAUGGGACAAUCAAGCAUUCAUGCGAGAUGGCCCUCAUUCUUUACUGCUACAUGCCUAUGACAAGUUAACUUCCAGUAUCGAGAAUGGCAAGGGAGUCUAUCUGUCGCUCCCCUGGAGCUCACUGGGCAAGAAUGAGUCUGCUAAGGACGAGGCUAUCACGGGGCCGUUGGCUACGUUACGCUUGGAGACCAGCCUCUGUAGCACGGAGUAUUCCCAAGACCAGGUGAUUCUAAGUCUACUGAACUGGCGUGAACGUCCAGUAGGUGAAGUCUUGGAUACGCUGAAGAGGGCCCUUUUCGUUCCAGAAAUUGAGAUUGUCAAGCAACUAAGCAGUGUCUUCGACGCACUCUUUGGGAUCCUGGUAGAAAACGCUGGAAAUGAGGAAUACGAGGACUUAAUAUUCAAGAACCUGGUCAUGGUUCUCGGGAUCGUUCAUGACCGACGAUUCAAUCUUGGCCCAUUAGUCGACCAUUACGCUGAGAACCAAUUUAACUUCCCGUUUGCCACUCCAUGCCUCAUUCGAAGCUAUCAACGUCUCCUACAGGGUGGUUCCGAUGGUCAGCAGUCUCGUAACCUUCGUGCCACUUUUAAAGUGGGACGGCACGUCCUUAAAUUCAUUAUCAAUGCUAGGCAGCAGCAGAAAGUGAAGGAGGAGGGCAUCGGGAUCACCCGUGUUCAAUCGACUUUCAACCGGGACCUGCACAUGAUGUUCAAAUCUCUUGAGGCUCUCAUGAAGAAUCCUUCGCCUUCCAUGGUUGGAAGCAAGACUCUUGUUGUCCAACAUUUUCACACAUGGCUGCCGGAGCUAACAAAAGUGCUUCCCAAGGACGAAGUAAUCAUGAUAGCUCUCAGCUUUAUGGAUUCGUGCCAAGAUGUUAAAGUUGCAGAGCUCGCGAAGGAGCCAGACCCAUACGUAUACGACUUCAUGCCCAAGAUAGUCUCUUCAUAUUACACCAUUAUACCCGACGGUGUGGAAGAUACCAGUUAUCUCUCUCUGCUCUUCAGCAAAUCCUUCCCAUUCCAGGUGAAAUCGUCCAAGCAAACGCAAAAGUUUGAUGAAGCUUUGGUGGAGCUGUCUGCAAUCAUGGCAGCCACCGCAGCAAUACCUAACCCUAAGCGACCUCGGCUGAAGGGCUUGGAGCUUGCUACUUUUCUCUCCCAGGCUUUUGAGGUCCAUACUUCUAUCUUGAAUUGCGAGGCAUACCCAGAGAGCUGGCUCAGCGUUCAUGUAUACAACCACCGGGCGACUGUGAAGAGCUCGAAAGAUGCAGAGAAGUUUGAUACACGACUAUGGGAAAACUUUUUUAUGACCCUACUAAAGGUCGUGUCGAGCGACGUCCUAGCUCUCGAGACCUUCCCGGAGCAGAAACGGCGUGCUAUCUGGAAGAUCGCUGGCGAUGUCCGUGAGCAAGGCGCCGAGUUGCUGCAUUCCAGUUGGGAAGCCAUAGGCUGGGAUACCACAGAUGAAGAGAGGGAGCAGUAUGGCCUGAAAAAGCUUGGAGGAUAUCAGGUUCAGUAUGUCCCUGGUCUUGUGGCCCCUAUCAUCGAAUUGUGCCUCAGUGUCCACGAAGGCUUGCGACAUGUGGCGGUUGAGAUUUUGCGGACAAUGAUUCUCAGUGAAUGGAGUCUUAACCAGGACCUGUCCAUUAUUGAAACGGAGAUCAUUUCUAGCCUGGAUAAUCUCUUCAAAACGAAGAAUAUGAACGAAGGCGUUGUCCAAAAGCUCUUCAUUGCUGAGUUGACAGAACAUUUCGAGAGCUGUUCUUCUUUCGACGAGACCCUCUCAAAUGCGGUCAAAGCGCUUAUCGCAACUGUAGAUGAGCUUCUUGAUCUAUUUGUGGCCUCCCAAAGUGGAUCUAUGGCUGAAAGUUUGCAUUCCCUCAGGCUGAUGGAGUACAUGAAAGACAUGGGCCGUGAAGAUAUCUUCAUUCGCUAUGUUCAUGAGUUGGCUCAGCUCCAAGCCGCAGCAGGAAAUUUCACUGAAGCUGGCCUUGCACUCCAAUUCCAUGCCGAUCUCUAUGAGUGGGACCCCAGGCGAUCCCUUCCCGAGCUUCUUAACCCUCCUUUCCCAGAACAGACUUCGUUUGAGAGGAAAGAGUCCUUGUACUUCUCAAUUAUUCAAUUCUUUGAAGAUGCGAAAUCUUGGGCACAUGCACUCGUCUGCUACAAGGAGCUAGCUCAGCAAUAUGAAGAUACCAUCAUGGACUUCGCCAAGCUCUCGCGGGCACAAAGCUCGAUGGCUAAGAUAUACGAUAUUAUUGCCAAAGAAGAGAAACAAUUCCCGCGUUACUUCCGUGUGCUGUACAAGGGGCUCGGGUUCCCAUCAACUCUACGGGAUAAAGAAUUCAUCUUUGAAUGUUCUCCAACCGAUCGUAUGGCCUCCUUCAUCGACCGUAUGCAGAGGGAACAUCCGGCUGCACAGAUUGUAUCGCCGGGAGAGGUUCAUGAUUAUGAGGGCCAAUUUUUACAUAUCAGCCCGGUAACUGUUCACCGCGAUAUGACACAUCCGGUCUAUCAACGAUCUAAAGUCCCCUCAUCUGUAAGGGAUCACCUCUUGAUUUCCGAGCCUUGCCGCUUCAGUUCAACAAUAAAACGACAUAUCCGUGGUGCGGAUGUUCAGGAGCAAUGGGUGGAGAAGGCAGUCUACACCACUGCAGAGCCAUUCCCAAAUAUCCUUCGGAGAAGUGAAGUGGUUGCAGUUGAAGAGCUAGCGCUUACCCCCAUGCAAACCGCCCUUGAACGAACCUGGCGCAAGACUCAAGAACUGACAUUGCUGCAAAGGCGCGCCGCAUCUGGUGAGGACAUGAGCUUAUCGAACUUAACAGAGGCGCUAGAGCAGCUAUUAGAUCUCAAAUCGCCUUCCGCCGGCUGCGUAGCCCUCUAUCGACAGUUCUUGUCGCAUCCGCAAGGCGAUGUUGAGCAUGAAGAUACGCCAACACCAGUUGAUCCUCUGAACCAGGCUCUAGCUGUCGCUCUGAUUGAUCACGCCUUGGCAAUUAAACAAGCCCUGGCUCUCUUCUAUCGUCCAGCGCACCAAGCCACGCAGGCUGAAUUGAUGCGCCGCUUCGAAGAGGCGUUUGCCCCUGAACUUGCUUCUCUUAGUCCUGUCGUACAAGAGACACCCCAUUCAGCACCGCGUCAGUCCCCUCGCUCUUUACAAGACCGUAAAGGGCAGGCAGCUUUGCGCUCCAACACUCCGGAGCAGGAGCUGAUCCGCUCUUCGCGGCAAAGCCACACCCGCAAACAUUCCCAAAGGCCAUCAGUCAUUAGUAUCAUGAACCCCUUCAAACGUGUAAAUCCCGCGGCAGGCGGCUGGGCGAUCAAUGGUAAUGGAGAAACCAAGUCGCAACUGGAUAAUGGUCCAGUUGAAAACAGCCGGGUCGAGGAUACGGACCGUGAGGAUGCAGCAACAAUAAACAGCCGGACGACAAGUCAAUCACGGGAUACUCAGAGUAGGCGCAGAAGCUUCUUUGGAGAGAAGUUGCACAAGCAUGCCUCGUCGCUGUCAAUCACGAAACCUUUUUCUGAAGAUACCCAAGCGCAGAUAAGUCAACUUUCAGGUGCUUCCCAAGAUACAGGCGCGAAACCAGAGAAAUCGCAGGAGACCCUUGGUCGGACAAGUUCACAAAACAAAGGGGCCUCUGGGAAUGACCGACCGUCAGUGGUCAGCCCUAAAUCUGGAUGGUCCACGAUUCCUUCUAUUAGUGACUAUCCUCGCCCAGUGACACAGAGCAGUAGGACCUCACUGAGAAGCCCUGAUUUGGGUAGCCCGAAAAUUCCCCAGCAAACCAACUUUCAUACCGGGGGUGUUCGGGACUCUGUUAUGAAAAGAUUCAGCCUGCUUAAGGGUGUUGGGCGAAAGGGUAGUCGCCUCGAUUUUAGAUCUGAUACACAUGGCAUGGCAGUCCGCGAAGAGUAG